AUGAUUGAAGAUCUGCUACAGCUUGGUCUUAUCUAUCACACACUCAAGUAUACCGUCGAUGAUCUCUCAUCUGGUCCUGAUUUGAGGGGUAAUUUGCUAUUACCAUACUGUUCAGCCACUAACGAAGAGAGAUUUCGAUUAGAGAACUGGAUUCGGGAGCUUAGAGGCGAGUCUAUAUCGGAACCCAAGGGAGAAAAUGAUCUAGGUUUAACUGAAUGGACAUACACCUGUAUGCUCAUGUAUCUGCUCCCUAUUGGGUACUUGGAACAGGAAGCAACGGCUCUCUUGACGAUUUUUGGAAGUGAUUAUGAUCGGAUGGUUUAUACGAUAGAGAGGGAAAACCACGGAGAACCCUCACCUUUUUUCAAGAAAGUAAAACUUUGCGGCGAGUUACUCAUUGAGCCAUUUUCCUCAUGGGUUGACGGAAAGCAGUACCUGAGACGUGAAUAG